GCUCUGCCCUCCACCCUCAAUCUCACAUUUUUCCUCACCAGUCACUACCACCAUGUCGUUCGCCCCAGCCUUCUACUCCCAACUUCGAUCCUCGGGACCCAUCGAAUGUAUCACUCCCGGCACGAUCCAGGCCAACAAGGGUUACUCGCCCGACCUGGCUUCGCAGAUCGCCGAUGGUCUCUUUCACCCUGCCAUCGAGGUCGGCCUACAUCUCUUGAACGGAGACUUGUAUUCGGCGCAUUUCUUGGCUAGGAAGAUGCAGAACGAUCAGUAUGGGAUGUGGCUGCACGGCAUACUUCAUCGAUACGAGGGCGACUUGACCAACGCCAAAGCGUGGUACAAAGGCUUGGACGAGAAGAUGAUCGCCGAAUGUCCCGUCUACCAAUCUGGUAGCAACAAGAGGGACUUGGACCCGGCUCAUCACGAGGCGUUCAUGUUGAUCGACCAGGUCGGGCUCGUCGGUCGAGGGUUCGGAGCGUCCAAGUUGAGGGCGCAAUAUGGGGACAAGGCGAUCGGGUUUCCGGAGAGCGCACCCACGGAGCAAGAGAUCGAGGACGAGAGGACGAGGUUGCAAAAGGAUGGCAAGGCUGAGGUGGACGGCAAAUGCUGGAAAGAGCUGGUAUGGCUCGUAGGCAAGCUGGUGGAGAUGUACGGAUGGGACCGAAACGUCGAGGGAACCCAGGGCUAUACCGAGAGUACCGAGCAGCAAAAGGAAGUCAGCCGAAAGAUGGUCGGCGGCGGGGAAGGGAUCCGCAAGUUUUGAACUACCACGCUCUUGUAUCCAUGCCCAUCCUUAUAAUGGACCAAGCGUCUCACCCUCAUGAAGCAAUCUGGUAACACGAU